CUAGCACAAUCGUAACUGUCAUCGCGGUGGCCAAACCAAACCCGUUCUCGAAGGUAAAUAGUCGAGGAAAGUUAAAGGAGAAGCUGAAGACACGUUCCAGCAACGACGACGUGGGCAGGAGAUUCUUUGUUUUAUUUAUUUAUUUUUUUUUACUCAAAUCCCAGGCCAUAUAAAUAUGCAACCGAAGCGUCUCUGAUGCUUCAGUUUUAAUCAAAGUGUGUUCUGUUGAUCUGCAAACAAAGCUUUGAAAUUUUCCGGGGAGAAAUAUGAAAGGACUGAUAGGAUUAGUUGCAGUACUUUCAUUCAUAUCUUCAAUAUCAACGGAAGACAGCCCAAAAUGGGGAUAUGAAUGCGUCCAGGGGAAGUGCAAGAAGGUUGAAGCUCUCAAUCGAGAGGAUGUUGUGAGUUUAGGAGUCUGUCGGCUGUUCUGUGGCGAGGACAUUGGAACUCUGUGGCCAAAGCCAACGGGAAAUGUCCGAGUGGGAAAUACUCUUGCUCACAUUGACAUCGAUGGGAUUCUAUUUAAAUUCCCAGAUUACAAAAAUCAACAGGUUUACUGGGAACAGACGCAUCAGCGUUUCCUGGAUCAGAUAAAAGCGAAAGUAACGAAAAAUCAUGUUCUGCGCAAGGGAGGAAAGAAAGUUAUGCUGGACAUUGCUGUGGACAAGGAGCCACUAACAUUUGACUACAGCACAGACGAAAGCUACAGGCUGGAUGUGAAGGAGGAAGAUGGGAAUGUGGCAGUGAAAAUUGUCGCUCCAACGUACUAUGGAGCUCGACAUGGUGUUGAGACUCUGGCCCAAUUGAUUGUCUACGACAACAUUCGCACGGAAUUGCAGGUCGUGUCAAGCGUAAGUAUUGAGGAUGCUCCAACCUUUAAGCAUCGUGGGAUUUCUCAUGAUACUUCUCGGAAUUACUUUUCCGUUGAGGCCAUCAAAAAGACAAUUGACGCUAUGGCCAUGGUCAAACUCAAUACGUUCCACUGGCAUAUCACAGACUCUCAUAGUUUCCCUGUGAUCAUCAAGUCCCAUCCGGAUCUUGCAGGCUACGGUGCCUAUAGUCCUGAGCAAGUUUACACGGCCGAAGAUGUCCGGGAUAUUGUCAAGUACGCUCGUAUUCGUGGAGUACGAGUCAUUCCGGAAUUCGAUGCUCCAGCUCAUGUUGGUGAGGGUUGGCAGAAGAAGAAUAUGACUGUCUGCUUCAAUGCUCAACCGUGGAUUAGGUACUGCGUUGAGCCUCCGUGUGGGCAGUUAGAUCCGUCCAAGGAUGAACUCUAUAGUGUCCUGGAGGACAUCUAUCGAGAGUUCAAUGAGAUGUUCGAGGAACCUUUUGUCUUCCACAUGGGUGGAGACGAGGUAUCUGUAUCGUGCUGGAAUUCCAGCUCUGAACUUCAGCACUGGAUGCUCCAACGUGGUUGGCAACUCGAGGAGUCGGACUUUAUGCGUCUCUGGGGAUAUUUCCAGGACAAUGCUAUCCAGCGGUGGGACAAAGUAGCUUCAGGGAAAGUUCCCAUCAUCCUCUGGACAAGUCGACUGACUGACGUUCCCUAUGUGGAUGAUUACCUAGACAAGGAUCGCUAUAUCAUUCAGAUCUGGACGAAAGGGGAUGAUCCCAAAAUUGAGGAUCUCCUCAAUCGUGGUUUCAACCUAAUCUUCUCCAAUUACGAUGCCCUGUACUUCGAUUGUGGCUUCCAGGGUUGGGUCAGUGAUGGCCUCAAUUGGUGCUCGCCCUAUAUCGGUUGGCAGAAAGUCUACGACAACAGCCUAAGUGCCCUUGCAGGCAGCAAAGUCAAACAGGUUUUGGGAGCAGAAGCGGCUCUGUGGUCUGAACAAGUGGAUGAUUUUGCAUUGGACUCCCGUUUCUGGCCACGUGCCAGUGCCCUGGCCGAGCGUCUCUGGACAGAUCCAACGGACACAUGGCGAGACGCAGAAUCUCGCAUGCUGAUCCACAGGGAACGUUUGGUGGAGAAUGGCGUGGCAGCGGAUUCGCUGCAACCUCAGUGGUGUCUUCAGAAUGAGGGCGAAUGCCCAAAUUUACUGUGAGAAAUUUUUGGGGGAAGAUGAUUCAGCCUUAAAUUCGUCCAGCCUUUUCCUCACUUUAUGUCUCUCUCUCGAAACAAAAUUUCAGGUGCUUCUAAAUCACUUUUUAUAAUAGAUUCCAUUUUUGUCUCAAUAAAAUGUUAAAAGCUUAA